UCUGAAGCUUUUCUAUUGGCUACAUAUUUGACCAAUUCUUUUGCUGCAUGCGUACCGACCAUGGGCGAGAUGAACCCUCGCCGGGAUCUGCGGAUGUCGUCGACAUGAAGGACGCGUCACCAGCGCCUUCCACCUCCUCCGGGGGAUUCCAGCGCGCGGAUCCUUCGUCUGCGUCGUCUUUUGGACACGACCGCCCGGCACUACGAGAACGCACCUCUCCCAGCUACAGAUCGACGGCCACAAGUCGCUUAAUGGCACCAACGGCAUCGUCGUUAGCGCAUCGAUGAUUUGGAUGUUUUGAUCCUGUCGUCGACCUGACUCCUACGGAGCCUACUGGUUUCGGGAGUGAGCCACAGUUUUAGAAAACUACUCUAAUAAUUGUUAAUCUCAUAGGUGGUUGCUUUUCGCCAUUUUUUCUAAUCAAGUUAUGCCAUCAUGAUUUACU